AUGAGGAAAUUACCGAAUGGUUUAAAGAUAGGGGUCGCUACGGCAUCGUAUCAAAUAGAAGGGGGUUGGAACGCUGGAGAUAAAACACCAAGUAUUUGGGACACUCAUUGUCACAAGGAACCAUGUCCUAUAAAAGAUAAUACAAGCGGAGAUGACACUUGCAACUCAUACAAAUAUUACAAACGUGAUUUGGAGAUGAUAAAAUUCUUGGGAUUCGACUUCUACAGAUUUUCUAUAUCAUGGCCGAGAUUACUUCCUGACGGUUUUACAAAUAAAAUCAGCGAAUCAGGCCGCGAAUACUACAAUAAUCUGAUUAACGGACUACUCGAGAACAAUAUUGAACCAAUAAUUACAUUGUACCAUUGGGAUCUGCCGCAGAAACUCCAAGAAUUAGGUGGUUGGAGCAAUCCUCUCAUAAUAGAUUGGUUUGGUGACUACGCUGCUGUUGCCUACCAACUUUUUGGUGACAGAGUCAAAACCUGGAUAACCAUCAAUGAACCGAAACAGAUCGGUGUUUUCGGUUACGGAAUGACCAGAAUGGCUCCAGCAUUAAAUAUAUCAGGAAUAGCUGAUUAUAUAACUGCUAAAAAUAUGGUAUUAGCUCAUGCUAGAGCUUGGCAUAUAUACGAUAAACAGUUUAGACCUACCCAAAAAGGAACUUGCGGUAUCACAAUAGCAACAGAUUUCCGUGUCGGAGUAUCUGAUUCUCAUGAUGAUGUUGAAGCUGGUCUUGAUGCUAUGGAUUUCGAAGUGGGAUUGUACAGUCAUCCUAUAUUCACAUCCAAGGGUGGUUUUCCUGAACGAGUUAUCAAAAGGGUGGCCGAAAAAAGUAAAGAACAAGGUUACAGUAAAAGUCGACUACCAGAGUUUACUGACGAAGAAAUCGAGUAUGCUAAAGGUACCAGUGAUUUUUAUGGCUUCAAUCAUUAUUCUACGAAAUUUUUCACAAGAGACACUUACACGCCUGGAAAACAUCCAAUACCUUCGUAUGAUGAUGAUAUUGGGGCAGAUUUUACUUACUUGGACUAUGAAAAAGGUGCAGUGCCUCAUGUAACAGUAAUUCCACACGGAAUCAGAAAAGCCUUGAAAUGGGUGAAAGAAAACUGUAAUAAUCCACCAAUAAUGAUAACCGAGAAUGGUUUCGCAACUUUCGGUGGUUUAGAAGACAUUGAUAGAAUAUUCUACUUUAGGAAAUAUCUUAACUCGAUUUUUGACGCCAUUGAAAUUGACGGCUGCAAUGUCACGUCAUAUACAGUGUGGAGUUUGAUGGACAAUUUUGAAUGGGAUAGCGGAUUAAGUGUAAAAUUUGGACUAUUCGAAGUCGAUUUUAACGACGAAAAGAAGACCAGGAAGGCAAGAUUGUCGGCGUUGUGGUUUAAAAGACUCAUAAAAACGAAGUGUCUGGAUCUGGAACACAUACCGGAAAUGAAAGAGGAAAUCUGCUUUUAA